AUGCGAAGCUUGAAACGCGAACACGAUCCUGAGCCUCCAUCACCAGAGUCAACUUCUGAGGCUUCGCAGUCUAUGCCAAUCGAAGGUCCACUGGCUUCCGACGACUUUGACAUCUUGGACGAACAGUCAACAUCUUCUCACCCGCCUCGCAAGAGGAUUCGCCUCACGAGGACGAAGAAGACCAUCGGAGUAUGGAAUAGGCGGCAUUUCUGGCCAGAGACGCUCGCAGCUCUCGGAUUGAGGGUGCAAUUAGGCCACGUCAACGGGUCAGCUUGCACCAACCCGGAGCAGGGACCUAAGGACUUCGUCGUGUUUGACGCGAACGGCUAUCACCCUGUCAAUGUGCUCUUCUGCGCCUGUCUCGGGCACCAACCUCACCGCGAGCAGCUGCUCGAAUGUCGAUGGUAUCCAGCCUCGGUAUCACGCCCUCAAACCGCGUUCACCUUUCGAUUCCUUGACGACUUCCAUCAUCUAACACUGCAAGGCAAAAUAACCCUCCAUGACUACUACUCCAGUGUGGUGAACCACACGAAUAACGCCGGCCUAAUGCCUCCUAUAUUCCGCUACCACGAAGCGACGUUAGCUACGCGUCAAUGGGCGCAUCUCAUGAUGCUCAAGCGAGGGGGUCGUGCUCAUGAUCCGACGGGUAUCUCGGGGACAAAGAAGGGCGAACUUGCAUUGAGGUGCUUGGCAUGCCCUAUCGCCGGCGUCAAUAUCCCCGCUGACUAUGCAUCUCUGCCCGACGAGGAGAAGUGGAAGUACGACCAAUUCAUCUCGCUGGAUGCGUGCUUCCGUUUGAAGCAGAAGACGCGUAACAUCGAAGAGGACCCUGACCUUGGCACCGGCAAUGCGUACUUCGUCAAUGCCGAUGAUUACCGAAAGCACGUCAGCUCCGUCACCGAAGAGGAAGAGGAUGUUGCUGCGUGCGAUACAACGUUCAAUGCAAUCACUCAGAUGAACACCAAAAACAGCAGCAAGUUCUAUGCUGUGUCUGGUGUUGGAGCGGCCAAGUGCGCUCGUCAUGGACUGGUUAUGCCGUGCGGUGUGGCAGACCUACAGAAGGGAGAACGUUACACGUCAAUGGACUUCUUGUUCUGGACCACAUUGCUGGUCGCAGGCAUUGUCUCACGAUUGGUUGUAUCGUACGACAUAGCCUGCAAGUGGUCCGUGAAUCUCCGACGACGAUUCGAGGCUGCCUUCCCGCCAUCCUUUGCCGCACUUGCCAGCAUUGUCAUCCGCUUUUUCAUACCCAAUCUUCAUAUCAAAGGGCACGGAGCGAGAUGUCAGACAAGAUAUAGCUUCAAUGUCAAUAGAUGGGUUGCUCAUACACACGGGGAGACGAUCGAACAAGAAUGGGCGCAUAUCGGCGCCGUCGCGACAAGUACCCGAGAAAUGGCAACAAACGCGCGGCAUGCGACACUCGACGAUCAUUGGGGCUGGUGGAACUUCCGUAAGAUCGUUGGCUUCGGCAAAAGCCUGCGGCUUGCUCUUCGCAGGACGCUUGUACAGCAAGAAGUUCACCAACAGAUCUUCGACGCAAAGUGCGACACGUAUCCUCCCGCCCUCGUCCAGAAAUGGACAAGCAUCGUCGAGGCCUGGGAGGCCGAUCAUACUAAACCGAACCCAUUUGAAGAGGUUGAAGACACCCUCACUUUCGCGCAAGUUCGACGCCGCCUUGCAGAAGAAGAGGACCACGCAGUGAAGGAAGGCACUCGGUCGUUACAUAAGGUCACGGCAUCCACAAUGAUCCGCAACUUGCUCAUAUUGGAGGAGCGACAACGAAUCAUCCGAGCCGAGUGCAAGUCUGAAAAGAACGCAUCUUCCGACCACGCAAUGGCCGCACUUCGGGAACGCCGCACAGCCCUUCGCCAGGCUCUUGAAGAGAUGUACGCCGUGCAGGAUGUAUACAUGCCGAGCUGUACCAAGGCCCGAGAGGCUUAUCUCAAGUGCAACAAGCAUCUUGAGCCCGAAGACAUCGAUAUUUAUUUCCCCUCGCAUAUUCUUCGUCUGCGAGCCACUGCAGCCGCCGACCAGCCCAGUGACCCGAGCGCAACAUGCACCGGAACCGACUUCCUACAAGGGGUCGCAGACAAGGAGCUUGCGCUGCGCGAAGCUAAGGCCGAUGACUAUCUUCGCACAAUCCGUAUCAACCUGCGGUCAUUCCAUGCUCUUCUCCGACGCUACCGAAUCAACCCAACGGGCAAGGGCCUUCGACACGCAACACGUAACCGGGCCACCCUCGACAGCUUGAAGAAGAGAAUCGACCGUGCCGCCGAGGGAUAUCGUGCGUGUUACGAUGCGCUCACAUUACUCAAUCCCAAUGGCGCCUGGAACUUGCGGCUUCGACCACUAUUGACGAGCGACAUCAAGGGCCCUGGUCGCGAACUGAACUCGACAGAGGGUCACCGCAACUACAUCGAGUCGUGGAUCUGGCAUGUCCGCCCGAAAUCUGCGCCUACGCGAUACGGUGGCCAGGGACCCAACACGGCUGAUGCACGGACUGAAGUCAUCGACGACGACAUCACCUCAGACCUCCACGAACUUCAUGAGUGGGCUCAUCAGCGAGCACGCGUUCGACGCUGCGAUGAGGAGGUUGUCCUACUUGUGGAAGAGAUGCGGCGGGUACUCGAAGGACUCAGCUAUAGGGCUGCAUGGUGGGAGAAACGGAUUGGUCUCCGCGCAGGUGUUGACGAUCGACUUGCGCGGGGGCUAAGUUCCUAUGCUCACCGACAAGCGGCAAUCCACCGCGGGCUUCUAUGUACGUUCGUUGUACAAUGGAAACCGGUGCUCGAUGCCGCCAAACUUGGGCAGGAUUGGAUCCACAAGUGGCCAACAUCCAACGAUUUGACCCAUCCGGGAUGGCUCACGACGAAACAGCGGCGACGCAUAGGAGGGAUGCCGUGCGUUGCGGUAACGUCGAUGUCUGUGGACGUCAACGACUUCACAACUUUGCUUCAGAUGCCCGGACAGAUGCCCGGCAGCGGCUCUAUAGACGAUACAGAGGAGUUAGAGUAUGCCGAUACGCGAGAAUCGCUGGCGGAUGGCGAAGCCGAGGAGGAAGAGCUCGCAGCAGAAGAGGAUUUCGAGGAGUAUGAUGUCUAUUCCGAUGCCGGGUCUAACUAUAGUGGCGAGGAUAGUGGCGAGGACGAAAACGUAUAG